GUAUGACUUUUCUAAAUAAUAGUAAAGAAGUGCAUGUGCAUGCAAAAGUCCGUCUUUAAAAUGUAUUAUGCUAAAGUACCAAUUUAUUUUUUAUGUAAAUUGUUGAAUUAUGUUUACUUUAGAUAACAUGUGUUUGUACUUUUUGGUAGUUUAAUUAAUACAAUUAAAAAAGAAAAACUUGAAUAUUAGAAAAAUAUGUGUUUCAAUAUAGGUGCAGCAUUACAAAUAUUCUUAUAUCUGAAGAAACUUCUUACAACAUUGAACAUCGAUGGACCAUUGGACCAUGGACGGUGGUAUCGUAAUUGAAGCUUAGUUAUUAGUAAUAAACCAGAUAAUUGCUGCUCAAUUUUUCGGGCAAUCCAUCCAUUAAAUGAAGAAAUUUAGAAGAAAUUUUCUUCAUUCAAAAUGAAGUCAGAGUUAUUGUGGAAUGUAAAAUGCACAAUUCAGACAAUACAAUAUUUAAUUUAAAAUGGAGUCCUAACGUAUUUUUCACACAAAUACAUGCCAUAUCAACACGAAUUAUUUAAUUGUGAAUAAAUCUACAGUAGUUUAAAAAAAAUAUUUUGGUAAAAAUGGACUUCAGAUUAUUGUGGUUUGUAAAAUGUAUAAACAACGUUUUCGAAAUUGGAACUGAAAGAGAGACAGUUAAACUGUUUGGAGAAACUCUGAACAAAGACGAAGGAUUACUAAGACAACAAUUUAUCCAGUAUCUCGAAUCUUCGACAGUAAACAGAAAUAUGAACACAAAUAUAUUUUACAUUUAUACAACUACGGUAAAAAAAGUCAUCAAAGAGGAAAUUGAAGUCGAAGAAGAACUGUCUGAACUUGAAAUUCAAUCGUUGAGAGAGUCUGAUGGUAAAAAAAAAAAAAAAAAACAUCAUCAAGAUAAGAAGAAAAAGAAAAAAUACGUUCAUAGAGAAGACACGUUAACUAGUGGUGACUCGCCAGCAACAGACACUGACGAUGAAUCAGAUGACGGAAAGUCCAGAGAUGGUUAUUCUAGCCCAGAUACUGCUAUACAAAUGGCUGACGAAGGUGGAGUAAAAAAAUAUUCGGAAAAAUUAUUUAAAAGAGUAAAAGUGAUUCAAGAAAAAAUAAUUACAUUACCAGAACUUCAUAUUCAUUUUGGAUGUAUGAUUGGAAAUCUUAAUGUAGACCUCAGAUAUUUGUAUUUUGUUAAGAAUACAAACUCAAUUAUUCCAGUUUAUGAUUUAGAAGAAGAAGCUGAUUUUUAUAUGCCUAGUCAAUUUUUAAUUGGUAAUAAAGGUGGCUGUUUAAUUAAAUCCAUGGAAAAAGAAUUGGAAAACAUCUGGAUACCAUCUGUAAAAAAACUUUUAAUUGAUCCAUUUUUACACGACUGUGUUACUACUCGCACUGAAAAAAAUAUUAUUAAAACAUUGGCAUCAGCAAGUAUACCAUCAACAUUUAUACGAAUAACUUGUGAAAUUAAAGCUCAACAUGAUUAUGAAAUUCUUAGCAGAGAGCGUCCUGAUGAUUAUGAAAAGAGACUUGAUUCGGUUGACUUGGAAAAAAUUAUAUCACUACGUGAACUUUUUAUACUUGAGUCAUUACCACUGUAUGAUAUAAAUAAACUGGCCUCAUCAGAACCAUUGAAACAUAACUUUUUAAUAGAAUUGCAAUGUUUAUCAGAUAAAUUAAAGUGGACAAUAGAUUACAUGUUGAAAAGACAAUCUUUGAAAGCCACUGAAUACUUAAGUGGUCUUACCAAAGACAAUGUAGAAGAAAUAGCUGAAUCUCUUGAAAAAACUCCUGCUAUGAUUCUUCAAUGUGUAAAUAUACUAGAAACUUGGAAUUCAAAAAUGAAAAAUCUUUGUUCUAGUAUUUUUGAGUUUCAAGAGCGAGAGACUAUCCAUUCAGAGUUUAAUUUUUGGAAAAACAGCGAAGCAUCAGUUAGAUCAAUUAUUGAUGAACUUGAAUCUGAAGAUACAAAAUUGUUUCUCGAUGUAGUAGAAAAAACAUCAAACUGUACACAGGCAAUUAAAAACAUAUGGGAUGAAUUUAAAAUUGUUAAAUUACAAUUUAUUCGUUCGUGUGGUAUAGCAAAAGACAAUUUAAAAUAUGUUUCACUCAUCAUGGAACAUUAUAAGGAUUUUAUAUCAGCAGAUUUUAAUACAAUAAUUAAAAUUAUACCUAUUUGGUUUGAUGAUUUAAGAACUAUAUGGGUGUUAUCGCCAUAUUUUGGUAAAGACGUAAAUAUGUUAAGAUUGCUUUUGCAAAUUUCAAAUGGUUUAUGUGAAAAUGUUGGACAAAAUUUAGGUGACUUAAAAUUAAUUUUCAAAAAUAAAAAUAUCGAAGAAAUAUCAGAAAUGUCUUUUAAUGCUACGAAAAUGUUGGAUGUUUGGUCAGCAGAAUAUUUAGAAACUAGAAGAUCUAUUGAAAAGUCUAAAUUUCAACGUUGGGAGUUUGAUAAAUGUGUGCUGUUUAACAAAAUAGAAUAUAUUAAACGUAUAGCAAAAGAUAUUCAUGAAAUAGUGGUAACAAUUAAUCAAUUUUUGAACAUUUUGGGUCCAGAAUUAAGAUCAGUUAUUAAGGAUAUGAUCGGGUUGGAUGUUAUGAUAAGUAGGGUUAAAUCUCUAUACAAAGUUUUUGAUGCAAUCGAUUUUGAUUUAUUUUGUGAAGAUAAUGUGGAAAAUUGGAAUUUGUUUUUAAAAGAAUUUCAUUUGGAAGUAUUAAGAGUUGAAGAAGAAUGCAAACUUUUUAUUGACUGGUGUUUUAAUAAUUUAAGGUCAUGUAAAGAGGCGUAUUUAAUUUUGGAGAGGCUUCAAAAGUUUACUUCAAGACCUGUUUUCAAAGAGCAACUUAAAACCAAGUAUGAAUCGAUUUUGAGACAGUAUGAAAAUGAGUUAACAACAAUUGAAACAUGGUUUUUGACUCACCAAAAUAUUCCUCCAGUUUCUCGACAUCAUCCUCCAAUUUCUGGAUCAAUAUUCUGGGUGCGAAUGUUAUUUGAUAAAAUUAAAGAACCCAUAACUGUUUUCCAAUCAGCUAAUGAAUUUAAUAUGCCUUUAAAAUUUAAGGUUGUAGAAAUGUAUGAAAGUAUUGUUGAUCAAAUGAAAUGCUAUGAACGGUUAAAAUUAAUUGACUGGACAAAUAAAGCAAAAUCAUUGGCUGUAUGUCAAAUGGAUACCAACAUACUUGUUUGUAUUGGAGCAAAAACUAAUACAGAUCAAUGUCAUACUGAAAGUAAUUUACCUAAAAUCGAAGAUUUAAAAGAUUGGUUAAAGUGUUCCAGAAAAUCAAAUCAAAUAUUAUCCGAUAAUAAACUAAUGUUCAAAACCAAUUUUAAUGAUCAAGUUUAUGAGUUAAUUGAAGAAGCAGAGAUGAUGGAAAACUUGGGAAUCGUUUUACCUAGAGAGAUACAAAUGUUAUUAGCUAAGAAAAAUAGUUUGCUAGAUGACAUAAUGAAAGUGAAAAAUAUGGUUAAUACAUAUAAUACAUUUAUUUCUUCUAUGAGCAAUUUAGAACUUGCCAUAUUAAAACACAAAUUGAAAGAUAUUGAAGAUUAUUUUUACAUGGGUCUCUGUCGUUAUAAUUGGCUUUCAAUAAGUAUAGACACAUUUACAAACCAUGGGUUGAUUUUGAUAAAUAAAACAAAAAAUCAGUUGAUCAAUAUUAAAAUAGUUGAAUCUCAUAUAUCAAAAUUGAUAAAAUCGUUUGAAAAUCUGAAUUUAUUUCCAUUGAAUAUUUUAAUCGAUAACAAUUUAACAUCAAUAAAGUACAAAAUGUUAACUAUAAGUUAUGAAUGCUUUGGAUUUAAUGAAUUUCAACAUAUCAUUACCAAUUACAAAGCCAUUUCAAAAUGUUUAAUACGCCUGGAACUAUAUUUAUUUGGUUCAAAGAGUGGUACCUGUAAACCUAUGUUUGGGUUGUAUUUAAGUUAUAAAAACAUGAUACUUAAUUCUAUUUUUAAGAUGUAUUUAAAUAACUUGGAUUAUUACAAUAAUGCUUUAAUAAGUGACAAAUCACUUAUCAAAUUGAUGGUAAACAUAACUGAUCAAGAAAUUACUAUAGUUCCUAAUUUGUAUGUCACUUAUAAUACAAUUUUAAGAAAUGUAACAAAGUGUUUGACAUGGUUAAAAGUGUUGCCUGUUUGGCAAAUAGAAUCAUGUAUAUAUUGCUUGACGGAAGAAAAUAAAUGGAAGAAUGAAAACUACAAGAAUACAUUGUAUGAAGAAAUAAUAAACAAUAAAGCUAUUCUAGAAAAAAUUGAAAUUCUUCGUAAAACUUCUCACAGUCUAAUGGUCGAUGUGAAUAAAUAUUUAAAAAAAUGGAAACAAUUCAAAUUCUUAUGGAAAGGAUCAAAAAUAAAAAAUAGAGGAUUUUCAACUACAGAUACGUCUAUUCAGGAUUAUGAAAACAUUUUUAACGACUUAAAACGACUUCUAUUAUAUUUUUCAACGAUUUCAUUACACAAAAAAAUACAAUGCAUCAAAUUAGAUCUCAGUCCAAUUAUAAAUCAAAUGAAACUAUACACGCGUGAAUUGAUAUUAUAUUUUGCUGAUCAAUUAAUAAAAUCUACGAGGGAAAUGAUGCAUCGGCAAGGGGAUAAAUUUAACACUUUUAAAGUGCUGACAAAUGAUGAUAUAAGAAAUAGUGAAGAUUUUUACAAAAAUCUUUAUAUAAUAGAAGAGAUUAGAACAGAACAAGUGAACGUUGAGAUAUUUUUUCAAAACUUAAACCAUCGUAUUUAUAUUUUGGAAGAAAUGGGAGUUAUUAUGUCUUAUGAAGAUCUUACGUAUAUUUCAUAUAUACAGGACGACUGGACAAUGUUACAACAUAUUGCUUCAGAAAAGAAAUUAUUUUUAGAAAAAGCCAAACUCAUUUGGUCCCAUACCGUUAAAAUCAAUAUUGAAAUGUUUUCAGUCAGUAUAGACACAUUUUUGGAAAAAUAUGAUCAGUGUGGCCUUAAGAAAAUUAAAGAUGACUUAGAUUUAGGACUUAUCUUAAUGAAUGAAUAUGACUGCAAAUUUACUGAUUUUAUGAAAAAAAAAGAAAAAUUAGUUAAGGAGGAAGAGCUAUUUAAUUUAAAAUUAUUAAAUACAGAUCGAUUUGAUAGUUAUUAUUCUGAGUUUCAAUAUAUGAAGCUAGUAUACUCCUUGUACGAAGCACAAAAGUCGGACAUUGAAAAGUGGUCAAAAAUAUCAUGGUUUGAUAUAGAAAUAGAAUUUGUUCGUGAAGCGUUUGGUGCUCUUAUGUUAAAAUUUAAGACCCUGCCUGUCUUAGCGCAAGAUACACACCCUGCAAAGAUUUUAGCAAACUAUUUAAAGGAAUUGAGACAUAGUAUACCAAUUUUACUUCAGUUAAAAAAUGAGGCAUUUAAACCUAGACAUUGGAAAGAAAUGUUGGAUACUAUUGGUGUAUAUUUUAAUUUUGAUGAAGAAAUUUUAACUUUUGGUAUUGUUUUGAAAAUGAGAACUGUAAAACAUAAACAUGUUAUUAAAAAAAUAUUAUGUAAAGCAAUUGAUGAAAACAGGAUUGAACAAAAAUUGAAAGAAAUAAAUGAACGUUGGAAUACAAUGAGUCUUAACAUAGAGAAAUUCUCUAAUGUAAUUUUGCAUAUUGAACAUAAACUAUGUGGAGUGCAUGAUGUGUUGCAAGUAUUGGAAGAUGAUCAAAUUACAAUGCAUAAAAUGAUGAACUCGUAUUCAGUUGAACCGUUUUUAGAAAAAGUUGAAACAUGGCAGAAAAAUUUAUCAACUGUGAAUGAAGUUCUAAAUAAAUGGUGGUUUGUACAACAAAAAUGGAUUUAUCUCGCAGAAAUAUAUGCUGGGAAAAACAUUUUAAAUAUUUUACCCGAAAAAGCUGAAAAAUUCAAUGAACUGAACAAAUUCUAUCAAGAGGUAAUGGCUAAUGCAAAUAGAAAUUCAAAGAUCCUUGAACAGUGUUUAACGCCAAAUAUUAUUAACCAAUUAUUAUGGUUGGAAUUUCGUUUAGACACUAGUCAAAAAGAAUUAAAUAGUUAUAUAUCUGAGAAAAGAAACUGUUUUCCUAGAUUUUAUUUUAUAUCAGAUAAUGACUUGUUGUUCAUUUAUGGCAAUUCUAAUCCAAUUGCUAUCCAGGAAUAUAUUAUUCAGAUAUUUGAUAAUAUUAAAAGUUUUAAUUAUGAAUUAAAUGAUGAAAGUUACACAGUGGUAGCAAUGAAAACAUUCAACGACGAAGUAUUAAUAUUUAAAAACUAUGUGAUUAUUAAAAAUACUGUAGACAAAUGGAUGCAUAAAGUUAUUGAUCAAAUGCAAAAGUCAAAUCGUUAUAUGAUUAAAAAAGCUAUAUUGGAUUUAGGAUUUGUUUCAUGUUCAAUUACUAGAUGUGAUUGGAUAAAUAAUUUUCCACUAUCAGUUUGCUUGACUGCAGAUAAUGUGUGGUGGACUGUUGAAGUAGAAAAUGUUUUUGAUGAAAUUGAAUUAGGUAACCGUUUAAGUAUGAAACAAUAUUUAAAUCAGUUGAAUAAAAAAAUCAAUGAAAUAGUUAUACAAAGUAGAAAAGAAAUGUUGGAAAAUAAAAGAAACAAGUAUAGUUCUAUAAUAAUUUUAGAUGUUCAUCAUAGGGACAUUAUUGAAUCAUUUAUUAUAAACAAUGUGACCUUUGCAAAAUCAUUUGAAUGGGACAGUGUAAUUAAAACAUAUUGGAUAAAAAGCAAGGACAAUUUAUACAUAUCACAGUGUUCAGGUUUUUUUGAUUAUGGGUAUGAAUUUAUGGGAUCAACUAAGAACAUUGUUAUAACCCCAUUAACUAAUCGUAUAUUCUUAACGUUCACACAAGCAUUAAUGAUGUGCUUAGGUGGUGCAACUCACGGUCCUACUGGAACUGGUAAAACUGAAACUACUAUGGCUAUGGCAAAAAUGUUUGGCAAUAUAUGUAAAAUUAUUAACUGUAGUGAUGGGUUGGACCAUCAGACAUUUAGUCAUUUCUUAAAUGGAAUUUGCCAAAGUCGAAUUUGGGGAUUGUUUACCAAGUUCAGUAGAAUUUCUCAAAAAACAUUGUCUGUUAUAUCAACUUUACUAUUUUCCAUAAAAUGGGCACUAUUUGGGAACAAAAAUGAAAAUAAUUUUCCUGAAUACAAUAUAAGUAUUAAUCCGAAAAUUGGUAUAUUCAUUACCAUGAAUAUUGAAGAAAUUAGUGAACAAAAAAAAGACAUUGAUGAAAUAAUAAAAAGUCAUUUUAGACCAGUGAUUUGUCUUCUUCCAGAUUUUGAACAGAUAUGUUUCACUAUUUUAUAUUCUGAAGGAUUCUUGGAAGCUAAAAUUUUGUCAAAGAAAAUAUCAUUAUUAUAUAAGUUAUGUAAAGAUGGACUUUCAAAUCCAUUAAACUACACAUUUGAUUUGAGAUCGUUAAAACUCGUCAUCAGGACUGCAAGAAACUUAAUAACCAAACAACCAGAGCUUGAAGAGAGUUUAGCAAUAAUGAAAAUAUUACGAGAUUUAAAUUUGCCUAAAUUAAUUGAUAAAGAUGUUGCUUUAUUUUUAUCAUUUAUAUCUGAUUUAUUUCCAAACAUCAAAUAUUUAAAAACAAAAAAUGCUGAUUUUAUCAAAGCUAUAGAAAUUGCUUUGAAACGUGAAAAAUUUGUAAAAAUUGACACCCAAAUAGAAAAAAUCAACGAAAUUAUGGAAACACUAAAAAAUAGGAAUUCAAUUGCAAUCAUUGGACCAACAAGUGGAGGGAAAUCUGUUAUAAUAAACGUGUUAUGCGAAACUUUAAAUCAUUUAAAAAUAUCAACUAAACUUAUAACGCUUAACCCAAAAGCAUUUACUAAAUUAGAGUUGUACGGUUAUGUAGAUUCAAUUACAAAAUCCUGGAAUGAUGGAUUAUUGACGAAUAUUUUCCGAAACAUUAAUCAACCAAUUGUCCCUAAUAAUCAGUCUAACUAUUUUAUUUUGUUCGACGGUGAUAUAGAUUCAAUUUGGGUUGAUGACUUAAAUCCUGUCAUGGAUGAUAAUAGAAUGUUAACGUUAUCAAAUGGAGAGAAAAUUAGGAUAAAACCACAAUGUAAUUUGUUAUUUGAAGUCGGCCAUUUAUCAUAUUCGGCUCCAUCUACGAUAUCUAGAAUGGGUAUAGUGUAUGUUGAUCCCAGUAAUCUUGGUUAUAUGCCGUUUUGGGUACGAUGGUUAGAACCACGAAGUUUAAUGGAGCAAACAGCAUUGGAUCAAUGUUUUCAAAAAUACGUACCUGUGUUGCUAAAUUUAAUUUUUAAAGAUGGAAACGAUCUAAAUAAAUCAUUCCCGCUAACGACUGUUGUUUUUCAGACUAGAUUAAAUAUGAUUACUCAACUUUGUUUUAUUUUGGAUACCAUAUUACCUUUAGUUUCAUCAGACAAUAAUGAUUCGAUUAAAGUCGGUCGUAAAAGAACUGCAAUGACUAGCAAUGAUAUUGCCAUUCCACUGACUUCGAUGAUUUCAUUUGUGGCUGGUAUGGGAGUGUUAGAAGCCGUUUUUAUCCAAGCUUUAUAUUUAUCACUGGGUGCGUUACUAACUGAUGUGACAUCUCGCCAUACGUUUGAUGAAAAUGUUAAAAAAUUAUCUGGUUUUGUAACUGCUCCAAAUGCCCAUGAACGGUCAAAACAAAAAAGUUUAAAAUACAUACCAUCCGGUGAGCCUACUUGGUAUGACUACUAUUUAGAUUUUAGUACGUUGGAGUGGAUAUCAUGGAAAAACGCAGUCCCAGAGUAUAUUCAUAAUGAUACUAUUACAUUUGGCGAUAUACUUGUUCCCACAGUUGAAUCAACUAGAUUGGUAUGGAUAUUAAAACUAAUAAACGAAUAUUAUUUUAGAAGUGCAAUAUUUAAAAAAGUUAAACGUCCUACAAUUAUAGUUGGUGACAUGAGUUCUGGUAAAACAGCCACAAUGAAAUAUUUCAUACGUAAUCUUGAUCAAAAAUACUAUAUAAAAAUGGCAUUAAAUUUAUCGGCUAGGACUUCGUCAUUAGAUGUUCAGCAAAAUUUAGAAACAAAUUUGGAAAGGCAUUCUAGAAAAACAUACGGCCCACCAGUUGGAAAGCGAUUAGUUUAUUUUAUUGAUGAUUUAAAUUUGCCUCAAAUGGAUGAAUGUGGUACACAACAACCUAUCGCAUUAUUGAAAAGUAUAUUUGAUAAACAAGGCAUGUAUGAUAGACACAAAUGUUUCAAUUGGAAAGAGCUCGUGGAUAUAUGUUUCUUUGCCGCUAUGAACCACAUAGGAGGUGGUCGAAAUGAAUUAGAUACACGUUUUUUAUCACUAUGUUCAGUUUUUUCAUUACCUUUUCCAUCAGAUGAUACAAUUCGAUAUAUUUUUAAUUCUAUUUUAUCUGGACAUACAAAAUCCUUUACAGAGAACAUAAAAUCUGCUGUUCAUAAUAUUAUAAAUAUGACAGUACAUUUAUACAAAUUAGUACUCAAAAAACUUCAUCAAACACCAGAAAAAUUCAUUUACGUAUUCAAUUUGUGUCAUAUAAGUUUUAUCAUCAAUGGUAUGACACGCAUAUUGCCAAACACAUUUACGACUACGGAAUCCUUUGUACGAGUUUGGAGGAACGAGUUCACCAGAGUGAUAUGUGAUAGAUUAAUUUAUCAACAAGACCAGGAAAUGAUUGAACGUCAUCUUACUCAAGAAUUAGAGUCAUAUUUUCCUUCACAAGUGGAAUAUGUUCUUAGAGAUCCUCUUUUGUUCGGUGACUGUAGAAAUGCUAUUAGUGCAAACAAUCAAAUACGAAUAUAUGAGGACUUAAUAGAUUACGAUUCUGUAUUUUAUUUAUUUCAAGAAAUACUAUUAGAAUAUAAAAAAUAUCAUGGUUUGUUGGACAUGGUACUUUUCAAUGAUGCAUUAGAUCAUUUAAUCAGAAUUCACCGUAUGCUUAGAAUGGAUAGAGGGCAUGUUUUGUUAAUUGGAUCGAAUGGAAAUGGAAAAAAAUCACUCUCUAAGUUAGCUGCAUUCACAUCUGGCUAUGAAAUAUUUAUAAAUAAUUCAUUUCAUUCAAAACAUAAUUUUAAAAUGAAUGAACAAAAGUUUAAACAUGAUUUGAAAAAUAUAUUUUUGAAAGUAGGAAUAAAAAAUCAGCCUACUGUUUUCAUAGUGGACAAAGUUGAUGUUAUUGAAGAAGGAAUCUUAGAAUUUAUUAAUAAUAUAUUGACAAACGGGUUUGUGCCUUCGUUAUACUUAGAUCAAAAAGAGAAUUUAGAAAUGGUCCAGCGUUUUAAAGAUAUAAAUAUAAACACAUCAAGUGAAAUUACAACGGAUAUGUUUUUAAAAAAUUGUCUAAACAAUCUUCAUAUUGUGCUAUUAAUGUCACCUGGGAACAACCUUAGACUUAUAUUUCGGAACUACCCCGGUUUCGUGAAUAAAACGUAUGUUGACUGGAUUAAUAAAUGGCCUGUGGAGGCGUUAAAUGCAGUGGUGGAAAAAGUUUUGAUAAACGAUCAAGUUAUUCCAGAUGUUUACGUUAAUAAUGUAAUAAAGCAAAGUGUUUACAUGCAUAAGUCUGCAGAAAACUAUGCAAAAACAUUUUUUAAGCAUACAACUCGAAAGAUUUGUUUCACAUUGAAACAUUUAGUAGACUGUGCUCAAACUUACAAGAAUUUAGUUAAAAAUAAAUUGAAUGUGUCACUAAUUAAGUCUCAGCAGAUUCAGAGUGGUUUAGAAAAAAUUGAAGAAAGUACUUUAGAGCUUGAUAGAAUAAAUGAUACAUUACUUCAGCAAGAUUUAUCUAUAAUACAGAAGAACGAAAUGUGUCAACACCUUAUAAAACAAAUUAGUGACACUCGUAUACUUGUAGAAGAAAUAAAAUCUGUUGUGAAUAAUAGUACUGAAAAGUUAAAUUUAAAAAGUGAACAAAUUAUAAACACAAAAAAACAAAUGAAAGAGUUAAUAGAUAAAACAUUACCUGUUUUAAGUACUACUAGAAAUUUAUUGAAUGAAAUUAGUUUAGACGAUUUAACAGAAUUAAAAUCUUUGGACACACCAUCUGAAUCAGUUAUGACUUUACUUGAAUGUGUAGCUAUUUUAAGAGGUAUUAAAGAUAUGAACACAUGGAAAAGUUUAAGUGAUAUGAUUGAAGAACCAAAUUUUCUAAAUAAUUUACAAGAAUUGGACGCAAAUAAAAUUAAUCAAAGACAUCAAACUCAAGUACGAACAAAAUUAAAAUUUUUGAAAAAAACAAUUGAUAUUCAAGCUAUUAGCAAAGUGGAAUGUAGUAUAUUAAAUUUUAUUGAGUCUGUUUUAAAAUACUGUCAUAUUUAUCAAGACAUUAUACCAUUAAAAAAUAAGAUAAAUAAAUUUGAUAAAGAUUAUCUUAACGCUACUUUAAAACUAAAAGAACAUGAAGAUAGUUUAGAAAAUACUCGAUGCACUUUAUCAGAUUUAGAAAAAUCCUUAGAUGAUUUAUCUCAGGAAAAUAUUGAUUUAAAAAAAGAUAAUUGUUCAUUGAAAAUUAAAUUUGAAUAUGCUGACAAAAUUAUAGAAGGACUGAAAUCUGUACACGAAAGAUGGAUUAUAGAUUUAGAAAAUCAAACCAUAAUAAAAAAUCAAAUAAUCGGUAAUUGUUUACUAAAUGCUUCAUUUUUAGCCUACGCUGGCCCAUUUUCAUUAGAAUAUCGUGAACAAAUAAUUUUUAAUGAUUGGUACAAUCAUAUUAUUGAUCUGGAAUUACCAAUUGACUUGAACAUUGAACUAGAAAAACAACUAAUUGAUGAAAAAGUGAUAUAUGAUUUGAUUUCAAAUGGUUUGCCUUGUGAUAAAUACACAAUUCAAAAUGGAAUAUUGAUGACUCAAUCUAAUCGAUUUCCUCUUUGUAUUGACCCACAUAACCAAGGAUUUAAUUGGAUUAAACACCAUGAAAAAAAUAACUCAUUAAAAAUUCUUUCCUUUGCUGAUAAUGAUUAUAUUGUACAUUUUAAAAAUGCUUUGCAAUAUGGGCAUUCUGUAAUUUUUAUUGAUUUUGAAAACAUGGAUUUAGAUAUAAAGGAUUUAUUAAAUAAAAAUAUACAAUCGGAGUCAUUUGAUUCUGAAUAUAUUGAAAUGGAUGAUAAAAAAUGUAUGUAUAAUCAAAACUUUAGAUUAUACUUGAUGACUAAACAAACUAACCCAAAGAUAACUACAUCAAUCUACUCCAAUAUGACUGUCAUAAAUUGUUCAAUCACACAAGAAGGAUUGGAAGGUCAGCUACUUAAUUUGGUGAUCAAACAAGAAAUAAAAGAAAUAGAAGAUAAGAAAGAAUUAAUAGUAAAAAAUAUGUAUCAACAUAAGGAAGAACUUGAAGCAUUUAAAAAUUUGUUUAUAAAAGAAAUCAUAAAUUGCACUGAACCUUUGAUUGAUAAUCCACAUCUUUCAAAUAAACUCGAAGAUAUAAAAUUAAAAAUUAAUUUAUGUUCUACAGAAUUAAAAUUGUCUAUUGAAUCAAUGACUUUAAUUGAUCAGUCUAGAUAUAUUUACAAAUCUGUAUCACAAAAAGGCACAUUGUUUUAUAUGUCUCUUUAUGGAUUAAAAGAUAUUGACCCAUUAUAUCAAUUUUCAAUUGAGUCAUUUAUGAAAUUGUUUUUAAAUUCAAUUGAUUUAGCAAAAAAAGAUGAAAAUGUAUUGAACAGGAUAUCAAAUAUUAUCAACCAACUAACAAAUGAUGUUUUUGAAUUUAGUAGUAUCAGUAUUUAUGAAAAACACAAUCUAUUAUUUUUAUUUCAAAUAGCGUGUACUUUAGAUAAAGAUGCAGGACAUUUGUUGAAUUCCGAAUUAAUAUUCUUCAUCAAAGGUAAUAUUAUAGGCUCUGAAAAUGUUACCAUAAAAAAUCCAACAACAUGGUUAUCAAAUGAGUGUUGGCAAAAUGUUGUUAAUUUAAGCACAAGCUUUGAAAAUUUCUCGAAUUUGAUUGAACAUAUUAUUAAUAACAUUAUCAAUUGGAAAGAGUGGUUUUAUUCAGAAUAUCCAGAGUCUGAAAAUACUAUACCUAUCAAAAUGAACAAAUAUUUUGAUGUGUUAAUGCUAAUAAGAUGUUUUAGAACUGAUCGAGUGUAUCAAUCUGUUGAAAAUUACGUUUAUAAAAUAAUUGAAGUGAAUAACGAGAGUUGUAUCAGUAAAAAAAAUACAAAUCUUGAAGUUAUACAUAAACAAUUUUCAAAUUUAACUCCAUGUGUUUUGAUAUUGAAUAACGGAUCAGAUCCGGCUAAAGAUCUGACUAAUCUUGCAGAAAAAAAUGAUAUAACUGGUCCUACGUUUAAAGUUCUUUCAUUAGGAACUUUCAGUGACGAUGUUAUUUAUUUAGCUUUAAAAUCAGCAAUGUACCGCGGAAAUUGGUUGAUUGUUCAAAACUGUAAUUUUUCUGUUCGUUUUCUGUACGGUAUUGAAUAUAUAUUAGAGCAAGCAAAUGAAAGUUGGCAUCCAAACUUUAGAUUAUGGCUUAUAUUUAAUGGAGAUUCGUCACUGAGUGAUUCAUUUCCAAUAUCUCUUUUGCUCAGGUCAUUAAAAGUUAUCAUUGAGCCUUCAAAUCAUAUGAAGAUGUGUAUGCAGAAUGCUUUAGAUAAAUACAAUGUUGACGACCAAGAUGAUAAAAAUCCUCAUCCUGCUUUCAAAUCUUUGCUAUAUGCUUUACUAUUUUUCCAUGGAAUAUUAUUAGAACGUAAAAAGUAUAGUAAAUUUGGAUGGAGUUUACCAUAUAAUUUUGAAUAUUCUGAAUAUGAUAUGUGUCAACAAAUAAUUGCUAUAUUUUUGAGAAAAAGUAAACCAGAUGAAAUACCUUGGACUGCAUUAAAGUAUCUAAUCGGUGAAAUCAUAUAUGGGGGAAAAGUGAUCGAUAGCUAUGAUCGCAGAAUUCUCUUGGCAUACGUGGAUGAAUAUUUUGGUGAUUUUAUAUAUAGUUCUUAUCAGCCGUUCAGCUUUUACAAUUGCAAAGAUUGUUAUAAGGCGGUAAAAUACAUAGAGGUGGAAAGAAAAUUAUUUGAAAAUAAUGAACACAAUUUGAUAGAAGCAGUUAAUGAAUUACCAAUGGCUAUUAACCCAAAAGUUUGCGGAUUAAAUCCAAAUGUUUUGUUUGGAUACCACAAUAAUUUGGUUGAAAUUUUGUGGGCAGAUAUGAUAAAGUUGUAUCCAAGUGUUGAUACAAUUGAUGAUAAAAAUACUGAUUGGGAUAAAGUUGUACAAAAUACUAUUGAAGACAUUUUAAAAUCUUUGCCUGAACUUUAUAAUUUAAAUAAGGUGAAAAUGUUUUACGGAGAUAAAUGUUUUUCUCCAAAUAUUAUAGUUUUACUUCACGAACUCGAAAAAAUUAAUGCGCUAUUAUCCGUAAUAAGAAACACCUUAUCACAACUCUCAAAGGUAUUUCUGGGAAAAGUGGAAAUGAAUACGAUGUUAGAAGAAGUUUCAAUGUGUUUAUACGCCGGUCGUGUCCCAGGUUGCUGGAGUAGAUUAUCACCACAAACAGUAAAAUCAUUGCCGUGUUAUAUUGAGCACCUUACAAAACGUACACUUCAAUAUUCGAAUUGGAGCCAAAUCAGAGAACCUUUAGUCAUGUGGCUAUCAGGGUUACACUCGCCGAAAUCGUAUUUAACAUCUUUAAUACAAUUGGCAUGUAGAAAAUAUGGUUGGUCAAUUGAACACACUAUGUUUUAUACAUCUGUUACUCAAUGGACUUGUGAAAGUGAAGUUCAACGAGAACCAGACGCCGGAUGUUACAUUACCGGAUUAUAUUUAGAGGGUGCACGUUGGGAUAUGAAUAAACAAUGCUUGACAGAAUGUACGUUUCAUAAUACAUUUGAAAAUUUGCCAAUUUUGGCUAUUAUUCCUAUUGAAACUCGCCUGCUAAAAUUACCUAAGAGUUCAAUUACACUACCAGUAUACGUGACUUUGAAACGAGGACAUUUGAUGAACGAUAAUUGUGUAUUCCAAGCCAAUUUAAAUACAUUGGUGCAUAAGAGCUUUUGGAUUUUACGAGGAGUUUGUGUUGUUAUGAAUACUGAUUAAUUAUUUACUAUUAUCAAUAACGUAAAUUGUUUAUUUUUUUUUUUUAUUUGCACAUUAAAAAACAAAUUCAUAAAAUAUUAUAAUAAUCUGUGUAACUAAAUUAAAAUAACAAAUUUUAUAUUUUUUUUUGCUUGGUAACUUAUUUUAUAUAACACUUAAACAAUAACAUUG